UUGGGUGGAAUUCAAACCCAGGGUGCUGAGCAGGCAGAGUGGUGGGGUGCUGCUUCCUUGUCUAAACUGACCAGACCUAGCAGACACCAAGCAAGACAUGCACAGACAUGAAGAAAGAAUAGUAGACUGCCUGGAUUUAAGUAACUAAGAUGAAGUGAGGGACGUAUCGCUUUGCUUUCGACUGCUGCUUCAAACUCCAAAAGCAAGGGGGUGUUCAUAUUCAAGAAGUAUUGACAAAGGGCCAGGAAGUUCACACUUGCUCGCUACGGUACAGGACAUACAAUUUCAGAAUAAAAAACCGAUUGUAGACUACAAAGAGAAGACUUAAGAUUCUCCGUCUCAGCAACAAGAGAUUCUGAGUUUGAAGAAGACUGCUUUGUUAUAGCUCUGAACAAAGGUAGUGCUUGGAGAUUCAAAUACAACAGUGUUUCUAGGCAAGCAGAGUACCAGCAGAGUGAAACUUGAACACAAUGGAGCAUCUCCCAGAGACAAAGGGCAAAGGAGUCUUGAUGUUUGUAAAGAGGCGCCAAAGGAUGGAUGAUCUUUCUGCAGAACAAGAGGAAAUGACACAAAAGGGUACAGCAGUGCAUGCAUUUAUGGAAUCUGAAGUUGAAAUGGCAAAGCCUGCUCCACAUGAAGAAAGCAAACCAGCACCACAAGAAGUCUUUGUCAGAAAACAACAUCCGUAUCGGCAACAGAUGUUGCCACAAUCAGCAAAUGGUAUGAAUGGUCUGGAUCCAUUCCACGGUUCAGGUGUUCCCAGACCCAUUGUACCCAACAGAACUGCUAAGCCGUUCCUAGGUGGUCACGAUCAAGGCUCAGAAACCUUUUUGCCUGCCAGAGGUGUCUCUCAUCCAGCACCUAAGAAACCUGAAAGCAUAUUUAAGGUUCCUGUUCCAGUAAACACAACUCCACAGGUCUGGUCCCCCACAUCAGACAUCAUUGCUUCACGUGAUGAACGUAUCGCUAUACCUGCAAUUAAGACAGGGAUCUUGCCUGAAGCUAAAAGGAGAGGAGGAAUCAAGACAGACUUGAAAGAGAUGACCCCUUUUCAAAAGAAAGGUGAUCAGAGGUCCAUCAUAGAGUUUGGUCCGGAAGAGGACUUUCUCAGUCUGGGUGCUGAAGCAUGCAAUUUCAUGCAAGUUCCAACAAUCAAACAGAAAAACCCGCCACCUGUCCUACCCAAACCUGUCAUCAACCCAGCUCACCCUCCCUGGUCUGCAGAAGGUUGUGAGUUUCGUAAUUCCCUUCCAACGGCAAGUUCAGCGCCUGUUAUUGUGCACACCAAAGUGCAGGCAGCAUCCCCAAAAACUCCAUCCCAGCCACAGCCUUCUGGAAAAGCCUGGGCCUCAUUGUCAUCUCAGCCACUACCACAGCAAGCAUUGCCUGUUUGGGCUCCAACCCACCCACCAGAUCUACAUCAGUCAGACUGGACUCCAAAACCACAUCCAACACAAGUGAGUACUGGUACAGCAGACUCACUCAAUGCCGGUCCUACCCAAACUAAAACAUCAUGGACUAAGUCGCAAAAUGACGGCAAAUCUGUUGCUUCCUGUCCAUCCCAGAACAGGAGCUCAUUCUUUCAUGGAUCUAAGGCUUCCCCAGCUUCUGCUAAAGCACAUGCAUCAGAUGCAGGUGCUUCGGAGGGGCUGAACCUUAAAGGCAAAGGAGCUGAACUGUUUGCCCGUAGACAGACCCGUAUGGAAAAAUUUGUGGUGGAUGACGAGGCCGUGAGAGCGAACCAGGCCAGAUACCCAUCACCAUCACUUUCAAUGCCAAGCACCUGGAAAUUCUCUCCCAAUGUCCGUGCCCCACCUCCAGUGUCAUACAAUCCUAUUGUGUCCCCCUUUUAUCCCCUUGCAGCUGUUAAACAGCCUGCGUCUUCAACCAGCCCAGAAAUGAAGCCUAAAGCAACCAAGGAGAAACCCAAACAACCCCCCAAACAUCUCAAAGUCCUCGAUGUCAUGAAACAUCAGCCUUAUCAGCUGGAUUCUUCUCUUUUCACCUACAACGCCAACCUAGAGGCUAAAGAAGCAAGCCUUAUGUUGUGUCCUUCUUCCACCCACUCCCCUACCAAAUCGCAGGCCCAGCCCCCCUCUUUUGAGCAGUCUACAAUGGUCUCUCCCUCCCAAAAUAUUUUCUCCAAAAGUUCUCAGCCAGUUAAACAAAAUCCUUCUAAAGCCACUGGACAGGGAUUCAACAGGACCCGUUCUUCAUCUCUUCCCCAGAGACUGUCCUCUGUCUCUUCCUUUCCCCCAGACGUCCAUCCCAUGCAUGAAUCACUGAACCGGCAGUAUCCGUGGGUGGAACAUCCCAAAAGAUCACUCUCUUCCGGGGAAGCAGCCGCUCAAAGCCCCUUUAGUCUUGAUGAUGGAAAGCUUUCUACCAAUCAUAGAAAAUCACUACCAGAAACACCAGCAGCAUGGAAACACAGAGUGCCCUACGAGUUUCUUGGUGGUUCACAAGAGAUGGCGCCCGUAACAGACGUUAUAUCCCCCACCAACACUUUUUCUGCAAAAAGGGCAAACGUAUAUGGGCCACCUUUCCGUCCUGCGCAGCCUCUAGGGAGCAGCAACAGGUACAAUAGGGGUAGUUGUCUGCCCAGGAAUCCACACUCACAUAGAGUCAGUUGGAAUUUGUGAGGAGUUGUGAAAUGAUGUGCUAUAAUUGAAUUAUGCCGUGUAUAUACAUAGGAUUAAAUCAGGUAAUCUGGGCCAUGAGGUCAAAUAGGCCAGAUAAGAUUGGAGUGUCAGAGUCCUUUAUUUCAGAAUGUCCAAGCUUCUCAUUUGCAUACAACGGAAGUAGACAUUGAUACGUUUCCCAAGGCACUAAGUAGAACGUUACUCGCACUUAAGUUGUACUUAAACUCUACAGCUCAUUUCCCAAAAGCAUCACGUAAAGUCUCGAGUCUCGGACCACUUAAAGUUCCAUUAUAUGCAUCUUUCAAGAAAUCAGCCUAAAUAAUUUAUUAACAAAUUUGUUAACAAUUGAGAUGAAAGUGAAAGUGCCAAAUGAGCAUUUCCCCCUCUUUUCCUCCUCCUCCUCCUCUUCUUUCUUCCUCCAGUGGGUGAUGCACAUCUGCUUCGGGAGUCUAGUCUGUAUAUAUGGCGGUCACAAAUUGGAUGUUGCAUAAUCACAGUAAGGCUACAAGUUCACAGGGCUUAGACCGAGGGCUGUUUGGUAAUCUGGCAUACCGGGCAUUUUCCCGGUGGGCAGACACACUUUGGGGCCAACCAGGGGCGGACUAGCCAUCGGGAGAACCGGGCAGAAUGGGCCGCGAUAAACUGAAAUGAGCUGCCGCGUUAUGCAGAACGGGCCACAAAUCGGUGCCAUAGAGGGGGCAGCGAUAUGCCCCCCACACAGACAACUUUUGGCCCAGUUUCUAUGUAAAAUAUGGCCCGAUUUCUCUUCAACGGUCCACCUCUGCUUAGACCUGUAGAUAGGUGUGGAGUAGUUAAAAACUGAUGCCAGUCAUUUUAAUCAUAUUCUGUGUGCAUCUGUUAAAGUUUCCAGCCAAAGGAACGAAACUUUCGGCUACGUGAGAGUCCUUGAUAAUGGUUCCCAUCGCAUGCAAUCACAUUAUACGCAUGCAUUUAUUUAUGUCACUUUCAUUAAUCACUUUGAAGUUGAGCAUCAAUACUGAAACCCUGUCUUACUAAAGCCAUCAUUAUUAUUUGUUUUUAUAAGCGUUCAGCACCUUUCAUGCAAUUUCCAUGUUUGCCAGUAUUAUCACAUUAUUUUUAUGUUUGGAGGACUAACUUUCCCACCUGGGCAUAAUGCAUAACCGUUACGUAACUUAAAAAUAGGCCUAAACUGACGAUGACCAAACUUGCGUCGUGAGAACGUAACUGGUUAUGUUGGAACAACCGGAAAAAAUGACAUUCCGCGCAGAAAUAUAAUUAUCGUUAUAUGCAUGUUUUUCAUACAACAACAGAACUUGAGUGACGCUUCUCAUCACAGUAUUAUUAGACACAGUCAGAAAUAUGACUUGAGAAUUUGAGACUUACAGAACUUACAGAGAUAGCAGAAACAGCGCUCGUCAAAGCAUGGCUCGUCAUGUAAAGGAUAAUCUGGGGCAGGGCUGGACUAUACCGGGGGGGCCGACGCACUUUGGGGCCAAUCGGGGCGGACUGGCCAUCGGGAGAACCGAGCGGGCUGGUGGGUCGUCCGCGUAACGGGCCGAAAGGACCACGAUAAGAUAAAAUGAGGCGCCGCGUUAUGCAGAACGGACCACAAAACGGCGCUGCAAUAUGCAGAACAGGACAGCAAGUAUUGAGGUACAGUAUAGUGAUUUACAUAUAUUUAUAUAUAUUUUAUUUUUGAGGUGUUGUGUUUAUAGCCUGUGUUAUAAUAUGUCAUUUUAUUUAUACAUGUUUUCCCCCACAUUGCUGUAGCUACCUGAUGUUCACCGAUGUUUCAUUUUUAUUCAUAUUUGCACAUAUUCUGGACAACUUUUUGUUUUCGUUGAUUUUAUUGCACUAAAUAAACAUUUACACAUGGUUAUUUUAAACAGCAUUUUGUGCACUGAAACAUGGUACCACUUUACUAGGUUUUAUUUGUUAUUAUUAGUUCAUUAUAUUACUUAACGUGAAUUAACAAUGAACAAUACUUACUUCAUCUUAGUUAAUGUUCAUUUCUGCAUAUAUUAAUGCAUUUAUUAAUGUUAUUAAAUAAAGCCUUAUUGUAAAGUGUUACCCUGUAAUUGUAUACUUGUAGUGUUUCUAUGGAUGUUUUAAGUUAUGACAAUAUUGUGUGUUCUUUUUCUUUUUCUUUUGUUUGAUUUGGCGAAAAGUAACACAUUCUGUCUUAUCACUGUAUUAAAACACCACAUGCACAACAUGUUAAAUAUAUUUUGACAUGACAAAAAGUAUCCAUAUAUUUUAAGGGAGAUGCACUUACUGGAAACGUUUUAAAUAGUCAAUUCUGGUCAUCAGAACACAAUGGGAGAAUGUAAAGACUUGCUGGAUUGGUAAUUUAAUGUUACAGGCCUAAUGCAGUUAUCAUCCAAUCAAUCAUGGAAUUACCAUAAUACAACAAAUACUGUAUAUUAGCAAAUGUAAUGUGAAAUGAUCAUUUAAUGUUGGUCAUAUUAGGGGCCUGUGAUGUUGUGGUUAUGUUGCCAAUUAGUAAGUCAUUAAGUUACCUAAAAAUAUGAAUUGACAAGCAGUCUGUGCUGGUCUGGGAAACGGGUAUCACUUAGUGUCCAGUGGCUGUCCAAAUCCAAAAGGACAAAUCGGCACCUAAAAUUGGGCUUAAAAAGUUGAAGACACCAGAUUUAACUCAAAUUGAGCUCUUUGGGAAAUCUGAGCAUUAUAUGCAUAAACAUAUUAACGCUGGGAUAGAUGACUUUUGAAAACAUUGUCAUUAUAGAUUCAGAUUUUGAGCAGAAUUUGACAUCUUUAUAAUAUGAAUGAACACGAAGGGUAAAAGUCAUGUUAUAUUCACUGGAGUUUGUGCUGUAUGUUUUCUAGGAAAUCUUGAUAUAAUGGACAUGAUCAAGUUUCGGAUGGUUUCCUAUAUAAAGUAAAAGAGGUAGUAGUUACCACGGACUACUGAUUUAGAUCACACGAUAAAGACUCGAGGGUUGAAGUAAAAUACGUAUUUAGAAAGAAAUACAAUUUAGAGGACACGGAUACGCUUUAAGAUUUAUUUUUCUCCCCAGUUUGGAACGCCCAAUUCCCAAUGCGCUCCAAGUCCUCGUGCUGGUGUAGUGACUCGCCUCAAUCCGUGUGGCAGACGACGAAUCUCAGUUUCCUCCACGUCUGAGACCGUCAUUCCGCGCAUCUUAUCACGUGACUUGUUGAGCGCGUUACCAUGGAGACGUAACGCGUGUGGAGGCUUCACGCUGUUCUCCGCGGCAUCCGCGCACAACUCACCACACGCCCCACCGAGAGCGAGAACCACAUUAUAGUGACCACGAGGAGGUUACCCCAUGUGACUGUACCCUCCCUAGCAACCGGGCCAAUUUGGUUGCUAAGGAGCCCUGGCUGGAGUCAAACUUGCCACUCAGCGUCAUAGUGUGAUAGUCAGCAUCAAUACUCGCUGAGAUACACAGACCCUCAAUACUACUUAUGAUUUAAAAAAAAUCAAAAUCAAUGUGAGUCAUUUGUAAAACUGAUGGUAUAGAUGAGUUGAAAUAGAGUGUUUCUGGUUCAUUCUGAGGUGUGCUCAAAGGAUUCUUUAAUUAGCUUAAUGUGUUUGAUUGUGUACACUUCAUUUUGUUCAUUUUGCUAAUUUUGUUCAUUUUGCUAAUUUUGUUCAUUUUGUUCAUUUUGCUCAAUUUUGUUCAUUUUGCUAAUUUUGUUCAUUUUGUUCAUUUUGCUCAUUUUGGUCACUUUGCUCAUUUUGUUCAUUUUGCUCAUUUUGUUCAUUUUGCUAAUUUUGUUCAUUUUGCUCACUUUGCUCAUUUUGUUCAUUUUGCUAAUUUUGUUCAUUUUGCUCAUUUUGUUCAUUUUGCUCAUUUUGUUCAUUUUGCUCACUUUGCUCAUUUUGUUCAUUUUGCUAAUUUUGUUCAUUUUGCUCACUUUGCUCAUUUUGUUCCUUUUGUUCAUUUUGCUAAUUUUGUUCAUUUUGCUCACUUUGCUCAUUUUGUUCAUUUUGCUCAUUUUGUUCAUUUUGCUAAUUUUGUUCAUUUUGCUCAUUUUGUUCAUUUUGUUCAUUUUGCUAAUUUUGUUCAUUUUGCUAAUUUUGUUCAUUUUGCUCAUUUUGUUCAUUUUGCUAAUUUUGCUAAUUUUGUUCACUUUGCUCAUUUUGUUCAUUUUGCUAAUUUUGUUCAUUUUGUUCAUUUUGCUAAUUUUGUUCAUUUUGCUAAUUUUGUUCAUUUUGCUCAUUUUGUUCAUUUUGCUAAUUUUGCUAAUUUUGUUCACUUUGCUCAUUUUGUUCAUUUUGCUAAUUUUGUUCAUUUUGUUCAUUUUGCUAAUUUUGUUCAUUUUGCUAAUUUUGUUCAUUUUGAAAUUAAAAUGCUCUAAUUUGAAAGUAUGCACCAAAAUGUUACGGUGACCGUAUUGUUCAGAGACAAACACUAUUGAAUGUUUCCCUUGAAUGUAAUUUGUGGCACUAAUUAGAAAAUAAAUAAAUAAAAUAGAC